CGCUGAGGGCCGAGCGCUGAGGGCAGAGCGCUGAGGGCAGGGCGCUGAGGGCAGGGCUGUGGCCAGACCCAGCCUCACCUUCCUGCGGGCACCGCAGCCCUCACCAGCCCGCCCUCACAAAGGCAGCACGGGCUCCACGAGAAGGCAGAAAUGAACCUGGAUGCUUUGUUCCAGCAAAUACAGUUCACAGAGAAGCAGGCGAGGGAGAAGAGGCACUUCAUCCAGCAAGCUAAAUGUGACAUAAACAGAAGCUAUGAAAAAAUUAACCAAAUAAAGGAAGAGCUGAGCGCUGCAAAAGUUAACUUAGAAACUAAGGUUCAGCAGCUGUCUGAAAAGCAGUUCUACUUAGAAAUUCUGAAGAAACGUGAAGAUAGCUUAGAAAAACAGAAAGCUGAACUUAUUAAUCAAAAAAGCAGUCUUCUUAAAAUCUUGACAGAUGCAAAGAGAAAAAUUGCUGAAGAGGAAGAUAAUUUUACCAGAGAAGUAACAGAGUUUAACAAUGAAUAUGGACUAACAAGAAAUAGAGAUCUUAUGAUUAAAAAAAAAGUCAAGACUGAAAUAAAGGAUUUAGAGAAUGAGGCAGCGCUGCUGAAAAAUGAAAUGGAGUCAAUGGAACACAAAAAUGUUCAGUUAAAUGCACUCCAGCUGCAGAAGAAUGAGUUAAAGCAGGAUUUAUUUACUCUCCAAAGUGAACUCAAAGACCUUGAGAAAGUAAUCAGGGAGGCUGAAAGAAUGACGAAAGAUUUAGAAGCAGAAAAAGUCCAAGUAACUGAAAAACCUCAGACUGAUCCUGAAUGUUUAAGACUUAAGAAAGAAUUGGAAAAAUGCAAAGAUGAUAGUUGGGAAAGUGUCUGUGAGACUCUUCAAACAGAAAUUGAAAUUCUGCAAAUGAAUUUGUCACAAAAGAAGUCUUCAGGCAAGUGAAUAAUAUGUGACAUGUGAUAUGGAGUGUCACAGAAGCAAGUCUGAGUAUUUUGAAACUAUUUUAUUCAGGGUCUAUCAGAUUUGCAUCUAUUUUUUGUUUGUUUGAUUCACAGUUUGUA